AUGCCAAAAAAUUUACAAAUUUCUGGUGCUUUAUUGUCGGAGUUGGCUAGUAGGAUGGAUGGACGUAGUGGUGGAUUUAGGAUUAGAGGUAGGAUAGUUAAUUUUACUCCAAGUGAUGUAUGUUUAGCUAUAGGACUACCAAUAGUAGGUGAGUCUUUGAAAGAAUAUGAAAAUGAGGAAUGCGAUACAUUGAUGUUGUUUAGAGGAAAAAAAGUAACUUGUGAAAUGAUUGGUGUGUUGCUUCACAUGUAUCUUGAAAGUUUAAGUAGGAUUGAAAUUGUGUUGAAAGAGGGGAAGAUAGAUUCGCAAACACACAUAACAAGUUGUGCAGUUGUCCUACAGAUCUGGGCAUUCAACCACUUGUCAUUGGGUGAAGCAUCUGUUCCCAAGUUUAGUUUUUCGAGAUUUUUGAAUUGGCCAAUCUUACAGUGUCAGAAGAAAACAAUAUUAAAAGCCUUUCAAAAUAACAUGAUAAUUGAAGAGUUAACUGCCACAAAUGAAGAACUUGAAUUUGACAUGGUAAAUGAAACAUUGCAUGAACAAGAAAAUCAAACUGUACGUUAUGUUGAUUAUCAACGAUUGGUGGCAGAGAAUAGGCAGCCCCAAGAGAAGAUUUCAAUUCUUGAGGGUGAGAUGAGGUGA